GCCCCCCGAAUUGACACUCGUAAAUCCACAGACCGUAGCUGAUUGCAUUUGUACACCACUAAUUCUGGAUGCGCAUCGCUCCCUGUCUGUUGUCGCGAGGAAGACGAAUUUUCAACUCGUUUCUUGUGACCAGUGAAAACGUAUCUUUUUUCUCAAUCAAAGUGGUGUAAAUUGUGGUCGUUAUUGGUAACAGCAGAAGUCGGCUAGUGAUAAUGGAAGUAUUGAGUGUUUAGUUCGCUGUGCGAAUAUUGUGUAGAGCUGUAUAGAAUCCAGCGACAUGAGCAGGAGGUCGUCUGCGGAUUGGGACUCGCUGGUUUCUGCAAACGCAGGUAACUGCAGUCGGGAGAGAUUCGGGAGAAGCCGCACAGGGAAGAAAUUUAACUUUUUUGGUCGCUCGAACGAUGCGAUCCGCUGUGACAAUGUUCUGCUGAAGGUUCUCAACCGGCAGCAUUCGGGAUUUUUCAGCAGCGGGCUGAACAAACGCUCUCAUCAGGCCGCCUUCCGGGAGGUGCCGGAACAUUUGAGCUUUUGUCUGAAGGAAAUUGUUCCCUAUUGCUAUUUGCAAGGGCACGUGUUCAUGGGUCUGUCUGCGUGUGGCCAGUUCCUGAUUAGUUACAAAGUCUCGUACGACUAUGACGAGGUCGUGGCGAAUGAGUACAAUUUCUCUUCUAACUACAAAUAUGAAUUGUACUUUUGGAUUUAUCGGCCUCACUUCUUACUGAGCAAGUAUUUCCACGUGUGUCUUUUCGAUGAUCAUGGUGUGGACGAUAUAAAGACGGUAUCGAUUACCCAGUGGAAUACCGAUCAGCAGUUGUUGAUUGUCCACGGGGCGAGUGAGAAAGAUGACUUCGAUUCGUACAUUACAGUGGUUCGUGUGCCGAGACUCGGUUGUUUGGAUUGCAAGCAGUUGAGAGAUGCUGAUGAGGAAGACGGUAACCGGCAGGAUAUACUGUGCAUCAAAUGCAACAUGACGAUCCAUACCAAGUAUCGCAAUUCGGAUUCGGGUCCCAAAUUCAACCCUCGCUACAACCUGAACUGUCCCGGUUACAUCGUUAUGAGCGAAAAUAGCUUCAUUCAUACUAUCAACAUCCAGCUGGACAUGAGUAGAUGUCCAAAGAAACGAUCUUCCGGCGUGAUUAGUAGCAAAUAUAUAUCCAAGCACCCGCGGCAUCAUGAAGAGGAUCCUGUCGAGACCAGUACUGCUCCACCGAAAUCUCAAGUUACACCAGUUGAGCCGGAUCUGUCGAAACCAUCCGCCAGCAGCGAACCUCCCGUAUCAACCCCUGAAACUUCCCUGAGCAUAGCGGAUCAAAUAAUUGCCGACUUUGCUGAAUAUGAGACUGAAGCCAUCGAAUCCAAGUGUUCCCAACCAUUUCCCUCGCUGUUACGCACCACCGCCAGUAGGCUGUCAUCGAACUCGUUUCAAUCGACGACAGCACAGUAUUCGAAAAAUUUCGACGAACUGGUCAUUACCUGCGAUCGUGGCGGUGAAGCUUUCUCCUCGCGAACUCCGAUAAUGACACGAGGAGCCACACUUCGGCUGGAAUCACUGUCACCCUCCUCCACAUCGAAUGUUCGGCUUUUGAACCAUCGAAACAAUACCAACAUCGAGCUAAGAAUCCAGUCAUCGGAAGGAGAUGCCGGUCCCAGCCGUGGCUACAGAGCCUAUGUAACACGGGUGGACUUUCAGUCCGGCCCUUCCGAAGAACCACCCGCGUCCGGUGCUUCCUUACGUUCCAAAGUUGCCAACAGCAUUGCUCAAUUUCCGCCCAGUUCCGUGAAACCAGAAUCGGGUGGGCUACCGUCAAGUUCCUCAUCAUCCUCGCCGCCAAGCUACGGCAGGACACCACUACGAAGACGUUCGUAUCUCUCUACCAGAGCGACUGAAUCUAAUGUUCCUAACCAACCGGGCAGCAGUGGCAAUGCCGCCAGUGACGUUGCUGCCAAAGCGUAUGAAUUUUCCGAAGACAACGAACGCUGUGAGAAAAUUAGCACCUUCCGAAAACGCCGCCUGGCGGACAAAAAAUACGAAUUCUCCGAGGAUAGCAGCCACGGUGACAGCAGCGUAAUCGUGCCCUUCAAUCGACUGCGUUCUCAAAUCCGCACCAGAUCGGCUAGUCAGAAUUUGAUCUGCAGUCCGUCCCAUCCGGGCUACGAAAUGACGACCCAUUUGCACCGCGCCUCACCCAGCCAUGGAUUUCGGUCCCCUUGUGGUUCGCCAGUUGGCAACCGCUAUCUCCGAUCGCCGCCUGGCAUUCGAUCUCCUAACUACUAUCGGCAUAAUUCGCCAGUCGCCGGUAACCCAUCAAUGGGAGCAGCGCGGCCCUCACAGCCAAUCCAGCCACAAUCUGCCGCACAGCUCAUCAAGAUGUCCAACUUCGAUCCGAAGGAUUACAUUUAUGCAAGUGGUUAUGGUGGGGCAAACGAUGAGAUUCCGAGGUUUUUCAUCGAUGCAAUCCAGAAGUUCAACGAGAAGAAGCUUCAGGUGGAGGCCGCUGGUGGAGGUAACAACGAGAACAUCAACUCGGAUAAUUUGCCUCCUCCGAAAGCGGCGGACACCGCAAAUGGCGGAAGCCAACCGAUGAAACUGGAGCUGCCGGUUUGCUCGAAGAAGAUUGUUAAAAUUUUUGUCGAAGAGGAUGAUGCCAAUUCGGUUGUCACCACGGAGGAAGACGACUGUAUUUCCCCGGGAUAUCACGCCUCACUGCCGAUGGAAGUACAUGGGUCGUGCUAUUCCAACAUGCAGAUAAUCUCGCAGGCGUCGUUCAACAAGCUCAACUGUCCAGCCGUCGUGGUGACGCAGAAUUCGUUCGAUAUGGAAAUGUUCUCUUUCCACGUGGCGAGUUAUAUCUGCUCGAAGAACGAGAAAAAGUAUGGCAUUUUGUUCGACUCGGCGUACGAAUUGACUCACGUUUGCCCCCUGACGGAGACAAUCACCUGCACGAUGGUGCUACAGUUCACCGCUAGCGACACCAACAAGCUCAAGCAGUGCCACAAUUGUUCCACCACAAUCGAUUGUCAUACCCAUCGGAAGAUUUACCAGUGCCGGUCACUGUUUACCUGGAAUAUGACGACCGGCGAGUGGACCGUGUUGGAUUAUGGCAAUCUUGCGGCUGGGCCGUAUCUGGAGCUGAAGAAGCUCGCCACCAACUACAACCGAUUGCUGGGCAAACUGCGGAAAUUCACCCGCAAGCUGUUCGCUGCCAGCGAAGAACUGGAGAGCGAACGAACGUACGAGUAUCUCAACCAUCUGCGGGUACUGGACUCGAAUAACGAGAAAACUAAGCAACGACUAGUCGAUCUGGUGCAUAUGAUCGAGUUUUACCGGAAACAGUUGAAUGAUCCGGGCGAUAGUGACGAGAGCGACGAUGACUCGGUCAGCUCGGCGGGAUCUUCCGGGGCUGAAGAGGACGCCAAUGCAAUGGUGGGAGAUGCGCCCGCUUCCGAUACGGUUAGUGAUGAGGAUGAUAUUUAACUCCUAUUCGAUUUAGCUAGAUAUAAAAUUUUGAACAAUUUCUUGUUUAGAGCGUUUGUAUUCUCGUGUUUCCACCUAUUCUCUCUCUAUCAAUCUUUGAAAGCGUAUGUGUGUAUAAUUUAAAUUGUAUGAUAAUAAUGGAACCAUGAGCGUUUAUAAGCGUCAAUCCAUUGACUGAUUGAUUAAUUAUGGAAACGAAUAGCUAAUAAACACUAGUUUCAUUAGCUUCCUCCAAUCGAUAGUGGAUUCGUGUUCAUUGAGUCUAUUUUUUCAUUAGAUUUUUCAAUGCCUAUUACCCAUCUGGGGUAAUCUUCAAUAGAAAACAGGAAAUAUGAAAACCAUGACUAUUUAGUGUCUGAAACAGUUGGGAAACUUAAGUAUUGAAAAGACACGAAAUAUUGUGAAAGAAACUUCAAUUUAGCAGGAAGAUCGAGAGGGCAAGACAGUGCAAAAAAGGAAGGGAAUUAUCAAAACAGUAAUUAUUUCCGCACCUGUCUGACUAGAUAUUAGGCAUUUUCAAAGUGUAAGAGUCGUGGAAUUAGUAAACAUACUUGGGAGUUUUGGGUGUCAUUAGAACACAACCAAUGCUCCCUCGUUCAAGUGGAUUUACUUCCAACUAUUUGAGAGUCAACGAGCAGGAAAUAUACUACUCAAAAGAUAUUA